UGCGCUGCAGAAAUUAGGUGACGUCACGCUGAUUCCGGCUGUGGUGAUCACAUGAUCCGCAGAGCUUUCUCACGUGAUUGGGAUGCUAGCUGAUGGUAGUCUCUCCGGCGGCGGCGGCGCUAGCACAGAAUGGCCGGGUACCUGGGGAUGUACGAGGCGUCGAGUGACAUAACGCAGCAGCAGGAGCGGCACUACUACCUGCUGUCCGAGCUGCAGGCCCUGGUGAAAGAUCUACCCAGCUCCUGCCAGCAGCGUAUGUCGCACGCCAUUCUCAGUGAUUUGGCCCUGGCGCUCAUUGAUGGCACAGUUUUUGAAAUUGUUCAAGGUUUGUUGGAAAUCCAGCACCUGACAGAAAAAAACCUCUACAACCAGCGUGUAAAGCUACAAGCAGAACACAGAGCAUUGAAACAGGAUCUCCUCAGGAGGCACAAAGAUGCUCAGCAGUCAUGCAAAGCACACAAUGUACCUGUACUCAGAACCAGCCAGCAGAGGGAGCUAGAAACUCUGGAACAGAGAAUCAGAGAAGAACAAAGGAUGAUGGAUGAAAAAAUAGUCCUGGAACUAGACCAGAAAGUUAUAGACCAGCAGAGCACCUUAGAAAAAGCAGGUGUUUCUGGGUUCUAUAUCACAACCAAUCCGCAGGAGCUGACGUUACAGAUGAAUUUAUUGGAACUAAUCCGCAAGUUACAACAGAAGGAGUCUACUACAAACAAAAUGUUUUCGUAAUGCACUUUCGUAGUUUUAACAUUGAUAUUUUUUAUUUUUCCUUUUUUCUUUUUUUUUUAAAUAGUGGAACAAACUUCAAUCCCCUUAUACUGUGAAAACCAGUCCAAAGAUGUGAUUUUUAUGACACAUUCUUCUGUACAGUUUUCUUUGAGUUGUUUAUUUUCUUGUUCUUGCUGUAAACAUGAAGCCAGUGUUUCCAUGCAGGAAGAGACUGGAUAUAGUUAGCAACUGCUAUUGGGACAAAUGUAUUUAUUGCAGAUUAUUGUUCUUAUCUCUGAAGGCAGGGUGUGCUGUCUGUUGAUAUGGGCACCGGUGGGUGGUGCAGGUACUGGUAAACCUGCCCAAAACCCAGCCUCAUCUCCUCUUGCAGCAGCCAUGAUGGGGUGUGGUAGGCAGUGGUAAGCCUGCCCAGAACCCAGCCUCCUCUCCUCCUCGGCAGCUGUGACUGGAUGAGGUGGGCAGUGCAGAUAAGUGGGGCGGACCGAGGUGGUCUUGGUUAACUCUUUCUGGCCUGGGUUCACCCUGCGGCAUAAGGACCCCUGCCCACCGAGUGCAAAAGGAUGCGGUGUGAAUUUGACACCCCUGAUGUAGAUGAUUGCCACUAAUCAACUUCUGGAGAGAAAAGUGCUGAAGCUUUCAUUUAGCAUUUAGCUUCCAUGUUAGGAGCGCUGUAGUCUUGUUGAAAAUCAUUGGUGUCUCAUACAUAGUGUUUAUUGUAGGUGGUUAGAAAUGUUUUCAAAUCAUUACUGGUUCUUCUAACCUUUUCAUGAGGGUACACAAAAUAGACCUAUCCUGACACUCAAAAUUAAAGAUUUUUGCAUUAAA